AAGAGUACAAAGGUCACAGAUUGAAAAGAAGAUUCUAGGGUUUAUGUUGAACCACAACCUCCAAAGGAGCGCAAAGAUCCCACUGAACGGAAGGAUUUUCGUCUGAACAUUUAAACAGAACUUUCAACUAACUGUAGAACCGCAUGUUAAGCUCUCUUGCAUUUUGAACCAACUAAGUAGUCUCCCCCCACAAUCAACAACAAAGGGACAAAAGAAAAAAAAAAGUGCAUCAAAGACUUCUCACUAUUUCUACAAGAAACACAUCAAUUAGGAGAGAGAACACAAUUUCGAAGGAUUUUCUGGAUUCUGUAGCAAGUAUUUAGCCUUUUAAAAGAGAAGAUGUAUAAGAAAACAUGGAUUUUCUUAGGACUAACGACCUUUCAAAUAAGAUCAUAUUUUUUACUUUCAGGAGCCAUUAUUUUCGAGCUACCGCAAAACAUGCCAUCCCUCUGAUUCGGUCUAAAAUGCUGAGGCUUGUUCAAAAGAGUAACCUAAUUAUCAAAGUCAGCAUUGACCAAAUUUCUUCUAAACUUAAAUCCCACACAUAAAGAGAAGUAGGCCAACACUGACAAACCAAAGAAUCUUUGUAAUCACAAGUCUGAAAAGCCUAGGAAAUUCCAAACAAAGGGGGUCAACCAACCAUUUGUCCUUCCAGAUUUAUUAUUCCUAUUCUUAUUAUUAUUGUUAUUUUAUUUUUAAAUAAAUAGAAACGAUUGCUUUCAACAUAUUUGAACUUUGUAAACUUACUUUGAUUCGAAAUGUUCUCUCUUCUCUCCAUAAUCUCUUCCCCUCUCUGUUCAUCUUCGACCACCCAUCCUGCUGAUUACAGCAGCCAUGAAACAAACCUCUGAAACCACCAUUACAACCCACCAUGGCUGCUACAUAGUUUUUGUUAAAUCAUUGAUUGACCCAAAAGCUUAAGCUGAUGAGUGAAGUUAAAUAUAAUAUUAAAUCAUCUACCCCUCAUUUGUGGACUUGAAAUAUAAAACUUGCUAAAGUCUUUGAAAACGAAGCCCUCUCACUUGAGUAAUUACAAAAAGUCUUUGAAAACGAAGCCUAAAGAGAAACAUGAAACUUCACAAAGACCAGAGAUCACUGGAAUCCUUAUUGACCCCCCUAAACACUUCGUUAUCAAGCACAUCCCAGCAAGCCACAUGAAGCGCCUGUUCCAAAACAAAGGCAGAUUCUAUCUGGGCCUGGAAUGUUCUUUCAAAUAUUCAGAUUUCUUGUAGACACUAUGCCAGACCUGGAAAAACUAGACAAGUUAAGGAUGUUAUUGCUGACUUUCUUCCUGAUACUGGGAGAGAUACAUCAAAUAGUUUGUCUGAUGUCAACCCUGGUUCUCAAUAUAAGAAAGUACAUAAAAAUUUUAGUGACUUCAAUGUUGAUACAACUAAACCUUCAAGUUUCCUGUCGAAUCUUUCUGCAUCAUCAAGUAAUAUUAAAGUUAUGGAGGCCCAAAAUGAUGUAGAUGGGAAUAAUAUGGCCAGACUGCGGACGAUCAAUCAUUCUCAUUCUCAGAGGUUGGAUAACCAGAGAAAUACAUGUUCCUCAUUUUUGGAGGAUGAGGAUGACGACAUAAUAGAGAAUAUUGACGUGGACCAAAUUGUUGAACAAUACCAAUCACAGGCAGCCUGCACACCGCAACCUUCGGUUUCUAAGCUUCCACCAAUUACUACAACAAUUGAGAAAGAUAAUGUUGCCAGACAAGAGGAAUCUAAUUUUCCAGAUGAGUUGUGCACGAAUUGCAGUCAUGGUUUCAAGAUAGAACUAUGCCCAGAAGCUUCAGGUCAUUUGCAGGAGUUGAAAGAUAGGCUAAUCUCAAUAUCAAAUGAUCUACUUGAUAAUGUUAAUAACCUGAGCCCAGUGCAGAUUGAUAAGCUUCGGCAAGAAAGGAUACAUGUAAAUAAACAAAUUCAGCUACUAGAAAGACAUAGUUCUCUCCAUGCUGCUAAUGAGGAAAGGCAUAGGUCUCAUCUUUUGGCAACAACAGUUACUCCGAAGACUUUUCAUUUUGAAACACCUCAAGGAGUUGAAUUCAUGACUGAUUCAAGACUAAAUACUUCUCACGUUCAUCUACACUGUGAGCCUAGAAGGAUUGAGCCAUGGAAUUCAAUGGGUUCAUCCUAUUCAGAUGAACGAUUUGGAAUGUCAUCUGGUCCAGCGGAGAGAGAACCAUACAUCCCAAAAGUGAUUGAUGUCAACUAUAUCGAAGGUUCUAAUGACAGAAAGUGGAGCAGCCAGAAUUUUUCUUGGAUGAAAGAGUUGGAGGCUAAUAACAAAAAAGUGUUCGGUAAUCACUCAUUUCGUCCAAAUCAAAGGGAGGUCAUUAAUGCUACAAUGAGUGGGUAUGACGUCUUUGUUUUAAUGCCAACUGGAGGGGGAAAGAGCCUAACCUACCAGCUCCCUGCUUUGAUUUGUCCCGGUGUAACAUUGGUGAUAUCUCCACUUGUGUCUCUUAUUCAAGAUCAGAUCAUGCAUCUAACGCAGGCAAACAUAUCGGCUGCUUACCUAAGUGCCAAUAUGGAGUGGAGUGAACAACAAGAGAUUUUUAGAGAUUUGAGUUCUGAUUGCUCCAAAUACAAGCUUCUGUAUGUCACGCCAGAAAAAGUUGCUAAAAGCGAUGUUCUUUUGAGACAUUUGGAGAAUUUGAAUGCUCGUUACUUGCUUGCCAGAAUUGUUAUUGAUGAAGCACAUUGCAUCAGUCAGUGGGGGCAUGAUUUUAGACCAGAUUAUCAGGGUCUUGGUAUCUUGAAGCAGAAAUUCCCUAAAAUUCCCGUAUUAGCUCUAACAGCUACUGCAACAGCGAGUGUAAAAGAGGAUGUUGUGCAAGCUCUUGGACUUAUUAACUGCAUAGUUUUCCGUCAAAGUUUUAAUAGGCCAAAUUUAUGGUACUCUGUGAUUCCAAAGACUAAGAAAUGCGUGGAUGAUAUUGAUAAGUUCAUCAAAGAAAACCACUUUGAUGAAUGUGGGAUUGUUUACUGUCUUUCAAGAAUGGACUGUGAAAAGGUUGCUGAAAGGUUGCAGGAAUGUGGACAUAAAGUGGCCUUUUAUCAUGGUAGCAUGGAUCCUGCCCAACGCUCCUUCAUUCAGAAGCAAUGGAGCAAAGAUGAAAUUAAUAUAAUUUGCGCUACAGUGGCUUUUGGAAUGGGUAUCAACAAGCCAGAUGUUCGUUUUGUCAUCCACCAUUCUCUUCCAAAGUCGAUUGAAGGCUACCAUCAGGAGUGUGGGCGUGCAGGCAGAGAUGGUCUGCGUUCAUCUUGUGUGUUAUAUUACAGUUACAGUGAUUAUAUACGAGUCAAGCAUAUGAUAAGCCAAGGAGCCACUGAACAAAGUCCCCUCGUAUCUGGAUAUAGUCGUACCAAUCUGGCCAGCUCUGGAAGGAUACUAGAGACUAACACUGAAAAUCUUUUGCGAAUGGUCAGUUACUGUGAAAAUGAUGUUGAUUGCCGACGUUUCCUACAACUUGUCCAUUUUGGGGAGAAGUUUGAUCCUGCAAAUUGCAAGAAAACAUGUGAUAAUUGUUUGAAGUCCACAAAUCUUACAGAAAAGGAUGUCACUGAUAUUGCUAAGCAACUGGUUGACUUGGUGAGGUCAAUGGGGCAGCAAUUUUCAUCCGCUCACAUACUUGAAGUCUACAGGGGUUCCUUGAGCCAGUUUGUGAAGAAACACAGACAUGAAAAAUUGAGGCUGCAUGGUGCUGGAAAACAUCUUUUGAAAAGUGAAGCUUCCCGCAUAUUGCAUUAUCUUGUUAUUGAGGAUAUCCUUGUGGAAGAAGUGAGGAAAAGUGAUAUUUAUGGAUCUGUCUCAUCCCUACUGAAGGUGAACGAAUCCAAGGUUUGCAGUCUUUUAAAUGGAGGGCAGUGUAUUACAUUAAGGUUUCCAUCAGUUACAAAAACAAAUAAACUGAACAAAUCUGAAAUGACUCCAGCUAAAAGUUCUUUGGUAUAUGGAAAAAUGUAUCCCAAUGUCGACACUCCAGCACAGCCUCAAUCUGAAAUUGAUGUGCAACUCUCAGCAAAAUUAUAUUCCUCUUUGCGGAUGCUUCGAACUAAUCUCGUUAAAGAGGCUGCAGACGGUGUUAUGGCGUAUCAUAUAUUUGGAAAUGCCACAUUGCAGCAGAUAAGCCGAAGAGUUCCCAGAUCGAAAGAAGAAUUACUUGAUAUCAACGGCAUUGGCAAGGCUAAGGUAAGCAAGUACGGUGACCGUAUUUUGGAAACCAUAGAAUCUACCAUAAAGGAAUUCUAUGGGGCAGAGAAAAAUGGAAGCAACAGUAAUGACAGUAACGAUUCUGUAAAGAGAAGAAGAAGUGGAAAUAAAGAUUCAGAUGAAUAUUUAGAGGAAAAUGAUGCCACUAAAAGCUUCGAUAAAUCAAAGAAAAGGGCAAUAACAGUUCAGAACAAAGUUCCUAAAGUCCAUAAUUCUUCGAGGCCAGAAAAUCCUGAUCAAUUUUUUGACAGUGAGUUGGAUUUUGAUGACAGUUAUUACGAAAUUCAUGACUUGGAGGUAGACAAUAACCUGGAUAAUCAUAAUGAUGGAAGAGUAUUACCUCCUUGGUCUUAACAGAAAUUCUGGUUGGUAUCUAUAUGCUUUUAGAUGAAAAGUUUAAGUUUAAAUAUUACUUUGGAUCCUGUACUUUUGGCUUUGGUUCAUUUUGAUCCAUAUAUUUUUAAAAUGUGUAUUUUGAUUCUUGUACUUUCAACUUUAGUUCAUUUUAGUCUUUGAACUUUAAAAAAUUGACCAUUUUGAUCCCUUGAAAAUGAAGUGACUAAAGUGGUCACUUUUUGAAAAUGCAAAGACCAAAAUAAACCAAAAUCAAAAGUAAAGGGAUCAAAUUAAACUAAAAACAAAAGUACAAAGACUAAAGUGGUAUUUAACUAAAAAAUUUAUCGUUGCUUAGGAUGUUUUGAGUUGUAUAUAACUGAAGGUGAGGGCAUCAUUGUGGGGGAGGUGAAGGGAGUUUUGAUUUAUACAAAUGGUGCUUGAAACUUGGAACAGAGCAAUAAAAUUAAAACGGAAACCUUUCACUGCAACAAGUAUAUUGAAACCGUUGGAACUUAAGAAUCAAUGGCCAAAAAUUCACUUCUCAAUGUGGAAGAUGAAAGGAUUGCUGGUAAAAGUUCAACAGAGCCUGAACAAAUGUCCCUGAGAUUGUGCAAUCACUUUUUAGGUGAUUGAUGCUAACGAAGAUGUGCUAGAAUUAGUAUGGCCCAAAUGCUAAUGGUAAAUAUUAAUUCAAGGAUUAGUGAAUAAUUAAUAGUUUAUAUUCGAUUAAUAGAUGAAGAGUUAACUCUUCAAAAGAAUGUCUUUAAAAAGUGCGACAUUCUGUAAAAGGACUUUUGAGGACAUCUUUACAUUUAUUAAAUCUUAUCAUUAUGUACUUUGGUCACACUAAUCCCAAUGAUGUAAAUAUCCACUCACAAUCAAUCCACUAUUUCUUGUAUUGUAUGGAAUUGGUUUUGAU